CGCGAUGCUUUGCGAGUUACUGGACGGUCCAAGUGUGAUCGUCAGGGCGGUUCAAGAUGCCUUACAAUAUUGCGAUGUGCAGUGACUGCUUCUUUCCCCAGCCAGGAGGAGUCGAAAGCCAUAUCUACCAACUGUCCUCUAAACUCAUUGAUCGCGGCCACAAAGUGGUAAUAAUCACGCAUGCAUACGAUGGGCGCACCGGAGUCAGAUACCUCACCAACGGCCUAAAAGUCUACCACGUUCCCUUCCUCGUGAUAUAUCGAGAAACGACCUUCCCAACCGUCUUCUCCUUCUUUCCUAUAUUUCGGAAUAUUAUAAUACGGGAGCAGAUUGAAAUAGUGCAUGGGCAUGCUAGUCUCAGCAGCAUUUGCCAUGAGUCUAUCAUACAUGCGCGGACUAUGGGUCUUCGGACCGUAUUCACGGAUCAUUCUCUGUUUGGAUUUGCGGACGCAGCCAGUAUCUUGACGAACAAGCUGCUGAAAUUUACCCUGAGUGACGUGGACCAUGUUAUUUGUGUUAGCCAUACAUGUAAAGAGAACACGGUCCUCAGAGCCUCCCUCGACCCUCUCAUGGUCUCCGUAAUCCCCAACGCAGUCGUGGCGGAGAACUUCCGCCCUCUCAUACUCCCUUCGGACGACACUGCAUUACCGGCCGAUCCGCACUCACGUGUUACUCCAGCAGCACGCCGUCUGGGACCCAACGAAACCAUAACGAUCGUCGUAGUAUCGCGCCUUUUCUACAACAAAGGCACCGACCUCCUCAUAGCAGCCAUCCCUCGCAUUCUCGCCUCCCAUCCCAACGUCCGCUUCAUAAUCGCUGGCUCAGGCCCCAAAGCCAUCGAUCUAGAACAGAUGAUCGAGCGAAACGUCCUACAGGACCGCGUCUCUCUCCUCGGCCCAGCCCGCCACGAAGAAGUGCGCGACGUCAUGGUACAAGGGCACAUCUACCUACACCCUUCCCUCACCGAAGCCUUCGGCACCGUCAUCGUUGAAGCCGCCUCUUGCGGCCUCUACGUCGUUUGCACCCGCGUGGGUGGCAUCCCCGAAGUCCUGCCUGGCCACAUGACCGAAUUCGCGAAGCCAGAGGAAGACGACAUCGUCGCGGCGACCGGACGCGCCAUCUCCAAGCUCCGCGCUGGCCGCAUCCCCACAGAGCUCUUCCACAACCAAGUCAAGCAAUUCUACUCCUGGACCGACGUCGCGCAGCGCACGGAGCGCGUGUAUGACGGCAUCAGCGGCGUCCUACCCCACGAUGAGUUCUACCCUGGCACGGGCGCUGGCGCAGCGGGGUGGAGCGCAACUCGCGGCCGCGCGGGCGUGCAGAGCUUUGCGCUCAUCGAGCGGCUGAAGCGCUACUAUGGCUGUGGUAUUUGGGCGGGCAAGCUCUUCUGUUUGUGCGUGCUCAUCGAUUACCUCCUCUUCGUGUUUCUGGAGGUUUUUGCGCCGCGUUCGCGUAUUGAUCUUGCGAGGAACUGGCCCAAAAAGGAGGGAAAGGGGUUGGAUGAAGUGGAUGCGGGGAUGGGGAAGGAAAGUGGAGGGAUUGGGAGGAAAAGGAGUGCGAGGCAUAGAGAUAGGGAGAAGAGGAGAGACGGUUGAAUGAAUAUGCUUUGUCUUCCUGAUGGAUUCUUAGAUCAUGCGUGAAUUAAUGCAAUACGACUUGCUCUGGUGAUUGUGGGCUCCUGAGGAUUGAUCAGGCAGGUAGUCCUCGAAAUUUAGAUGAAGUCUAUAUCACUCUAAGGUCCCUCCC